AUGGAUCAUCUGGCGGCCAAGGGUCACGUGGAGUUUGCCUGGGCCCUGUCGGGCAUCGACCUGGGCACCUUGGAAGUGCAGGGCGACUCCCGCCCGGCCGACCUGAGGCGAGAACUGGAGGACCUUUUAAAAACUUCGGCCUUGUCAUUGCGCCUUGUGCUCGAAGGCGUGCAGGAAGUACAAGACAAGGCGACGACAGAAGCAAGCGAUGAUGGCAGCUUGCAGGGAGGGCUGGAGCACCUUCGCCAGGUCGACGCGCUCCUCGACUGCGCCCAGCGCAUGGCGCUCGCAGAUCGCUCGCCAUGCCGAGUGCUGGCUUUCCGAAAGGUUCCCCCACCUUUUCCAGGGAUCAAGCCUUUCUUGAACUUCCUGUUCCGGAAUCGGCAUGAAUUGACUUGGGGCCCGAGUGCCAUUUACGACCUGACGCGCGGCGUUGUUGCUUUGGAGCAGGAUGGUCAGUCUCGCCCGCGGCGCAGGGACAGCAACGACAGCAACGACAGCAACGACAGCAACGACAGCAACGACGGCGACUACAGCUUUGACGAACGCCAAUUCGACAACCCUUCCCGGACGAGAAUCGACUGCAACACACAGUUUUUCAUGCCCCUUGUGGAUGAGGAGGGAGUGGAAGAUAGGAGCUAUGAGGUUUUGGGUACUGCUUUACACCAUGCCGUCUUGCGUGGCCUUACCAGCGUGUGCAAGGGCCUGCUUGAUGACCCGGCCUUUACAGAAAGCGACGCGCACUUUGACGUCGGCAUCUGGAACCGCCGGGGCCCCGAAUAUUGUUCUGAGCGAGGUACAGCUCUCCACGCGGCCCUACCCUCAAGCCUUUGGCGCAACACUAUCAACACUGAGAUUGUCACAAUGCUCCUUCAGCACAGGCGCUUCACAGCCCUGAAUGAGACAAACGAAGAUUCGGAGACGGCUUUCCACAUUGCGGCCAGGUUGCACAACCAUGGCUUGGAGAAAACCCAGAUCCUCAAGGAGUUCCUGGCAGCUGACCUCGUUGACGUCAAUGCCUUGACCUCUGAGGGUUGUAGCGCGCUGCACAUGGCCGCUGCCUCAGGGGACGCUGCAACUUGCAAGCUGCUGCUGGACCAUGCUGCCUUCACGGCUGCCGAUGCAUGGGGCACGUUACCAGAGUCUAUCUCGAAUUUUUGUUGUACUGACAGGGACCAUGACGAUGACCAUCUCUAUCACCCCUUCGACCUCUAUUGGUACUCGCGGUGCCACAUGGAGGACACCGGCACGGCCUUGCAUACAGCGGUUGAGAUGAACCAUGCAGAUGUUGUUGCAGUUCUUCUCGGCCACAGCCGCUUCACAGCUGUCACCUUGGCGAAUGGAAACGGAAAGACAGCUUUACACAGAGCAGCGAUGCUGGGCCGACUUGGCCUUGUCAAGCAGCUGCUGGAAGAUGGCCGCUCCGUGGAUGUCAGGACUCGUGCCGGUGAGACGGCGCUCGACCUGGCCCUGCGGCUGAGGCCAGCGGAGCGCGCCCGCAGCCAUCGCUCAGCCACCCUUUCGGACCACGAGCAGGAAGACAUGCUUCGCAGGCAUGAUGCGGUGAUCAUGGCCCUGGGAGGUCAUGGGCUGAAGCUGGACAUACCCAACCUUUCCUCGCAGAGGAAGCAGGCAUAUGAGCAGUGUUUCCAUGCCGAGGACCACAUGGAUGGCCGCUGGCGCAAGCGUCUGAGUCUCCGGAAAGGGGGCCGUCGAAAGGACGAGGUAGCGAGGAAGGCGGCCAGGGAAGGUGAGCUUGAGAAGCUGGCUGGCAAAGCCGCAGGCUACGUGAAGAAGUGCAAAGAAUCCAAAGCAUCCAAGGCCCUGAGCAGCUGGAGCAUCGAUUCACCCGACUUUCAAGUAAGCCUGCCCAAAACCACAGCGCGACAAACCUUGACGUCAUCAAGGGACGCUCCCAACUGA